AUGGCGAUCUGUGUGUCCUGGAACGGUAUCUUGCUACAGCAGCAACGAAAGUACACACUGGUAAAUUUAGGAGUUAGAAUCCAAUACCAGAUAUUUGGAUCUAAUUGCCUUACCACAGACUGGGUACACCUCUGGUACAUAUGGUUGCUGGUGGUGAUCGGAGUGCUACUUCUCCUGUGUGGGCUGACCUCAGCAUGCUUCCGCUGCUGCCUGAGCCGGCAGGAAAAUGGGGAGGAAGGGGGUCCCCCACCCUACGAAGUGACCGUCAUCGCCUUUGACCAUGACAGCACUCUCCAGAGCACUAUCACAUCCCUGCAGUCUGUGUUUGGCCCCGCAGCUCGGAGGAUCCUGGCCGUGGCUCACUCCCACAGCUCCGUGGGCCAGGUGCCCUCCUGUCUGGACACCCUCCCAGGCUAUGAGGAAGCGCUGGGCAUGAGUCGUUUCACUGUGGCCAGGUGUGGGCAGAAAGCGCCUGACCUACCUUCAGUGCCAGAGGAAAAGCAGCUUCCUCCCACCGGAAAGGGGUGUCCUGGGCUAGAACCCCCUUCUCAGUGAGGGGGUCUCAGAUGCUGCUCAUCACAACAGAGGUGUCUUCCGAGUCUGCAGGGACCCCCAGAUAAAUGCACCGUGUCCUUUGGCAACACCCAGAAGUUUUAGGAUGUCAUCUGAAACAUCAUUCUGUAGAAAGAUACUGUCUCAUCCUUCCCUCCCAGCAACUCAUUUUCAGAUAUCAAAUGUUACGGCCAGACUUCUUAUUCUUUCUCCAAUGGGGAAAAAAAAAUUAAUAAUUCUCCCCUAGCUAUAUUGAUUACUACUAAAGCAAAAAGAAAGUGUU